CAAAACUUUGAAUUGACGUAUCUAGGUCAACAUCCGUGUUGAACCCACGUGUGUACGUUUAUCACGAGGACACACUCGAAAGGACACACUCGACGUCACACGGCCGACUAGUCAGUGAUUACAAGUUAGCGUCAGAUGUUGUGAUUAUAUUGUGACAGCAAACUUCGUCAAAUAUGUGAGUAAUAAUAGGGCUUGUCAUUUAAUGGCGGAAAUCUAUUAAUAGAACUGAUGUCACCAUUACUGAUCAUCCGGGUACUCAGCGCGGACAAAAUGUCAACACUGUUCAGUAUUACUAUGUUAGCGAAGUGUCCCUGAAACGUGUUUACAACUCUAUUUUACGAAAUAUUUUACACUUUUUUUUUUUUACUUCUGUUUUCUCAAAUGCGACUUCAUUGCAUGAACGUCAUAUGUAACAGUAACUCUAGAUACAAGGAUCCCCCGAACGAUAUGCUGAAACACUCUAUAAGCUGCCAUGUUUUAAGCAAUAUUUGUCCGCGGACCUUCUAAAAAUAGUACGCUAUGACGUUUUCAGGACUUAGAAAUGACAAAGCCUAUUAAUAUAACAGUUUUUAUUAGGAUGUUUAAACACAUCAAUUUCAUGUUGUCUCAACGCCUUGGUUAACUAUUGAUUAGUGAUUAUCUAAAGAAUUAGAUUUAAAAAUACGCAAGCUAACCUUAUGAUACCACAGGGUAAGAAUAUCUAUUUUUUCAAAACAUUUAUUGAGAGUUCGUUCUUUCGGAGGCUGCUCAUUUGAACCUAUCACGGUCUUAAGCUAGAACGGUCUUAAGCUAGCACGGACUUAAGCUAGAACGUCUUAAGCUAGAUCGGUCUUAGCUAGCACGGUCUUAAGCUAGCACCGUCUUAAGCUAGAACGGUAUUAAGCUAGCACCGUCUUAGAGCAUUAGGAAAAUGCAAAUGUUUGUUUGUGGUUUCUGUUGAAAUAAAAUUGGUUUGAUUUGAACUUGAUAUUUUUGUAUGUGAAAUAUGUAUGUGCUGUUUGUAUAGUUUGUUUAAAGUUUAAAUUCAGUUGUAUGUGCUGUUCAGGGCAACUUGAGACGUUGUGUUACGGCCGACUUGCGUUUUCAAAGGAGAUUCAUAUCACAUUUACAUACACGGGAGAACCAAUAAGUUAUCUUAAAGGCUUUCCUGAUAUAUUUCCAUGGACGGCAGCUCACUGGUUUCAUUGUGCAUGGUUGGUUUGAUUUCGUCACAGGUCAAGCGCUACUAGAAAGAGAGAAGAGAGGCCAAAGAAAGAUGAUGGUCCUGUCAUCGGAGACUUCGGUAUGCCCAAGCUGGCACAGGUGGCCGACAGGUAAGGUCAUUUUCAUGUCAGACGAUUCCAUUACCAUAAACAUUUAAACAAGAAGCAUAUAAAUUAUCUUUUUUAAAAUACUGAGAUAAGAAUCGAUAGAUGCUGAACGAUAUGCGCACAUCUUAACUGAUAUACGCCAAUCUUAACUAAUAUGCGCCAAUCUUAACUGAUAUACGCGAAUCUUAACUGAUAUACGCCAAUCUUAACUGAUAUACGCCAAUCUUAACUGAUAUACGCCAAUCUUAACUGAUAUACGCCAAUCUAAACUGAUAUACGCCAAUCUUAACUGAUAUACGCCAAUCUUAACUGAUAUACGCCAAUCUUAACUAAUAUACGCCAAUCUUAACUGAUAUACGCCAAUCUUAACUGAUAUACGCCAAUCUUAACUAAUAUACGCCAAUCUUAACUGAUAUACGCCAAUCUUAACUGAUAUACGCCAAUCUUAACUGAUAUACGCCAAUCUUAACUGAUAUACGACAAUCUUAUUGAUAUACGCCAAUCUUAACAGAUAUAGUAAUUGAGAUGAGCAAUCAAAGAAAUAAGACGGAAACCAAGGUGACGACGGCUGACCAGUGAACCAAGACUGAGAUGGCCAGUGAACCAAGACUGAGAUGACCAGUGAACCAAGACUAAGAUGGCCAGCGAACCAAGACUGAGAUGGCCAGUGAACCAAGACUGAGAUGGCCAGUGAACCAAGACUGAGAUGGCCAGUGAACCAAGACUGAGAUGGCCAGUGAACCAAGACUGAGAUGGCCAGUGAACCAAGACUGUCAAGACUAAGAUGAACAGCGAACCAAGACUAAGAAGGCCAGCGAACCAAGACUGAGAUGGCAAGUGAACCAAGACUGAGAUGGCCAGUGAACCAAGACUGAGAUGGCCAGUGAACCAAGACUGAGAUGGCCAGUGAACCAAGACUGAGAUGGCCAGUGAACCAAGACUGAGAUGGCCAGUAAACCAAGACUGAGAUGGCCAGUGAACCAAGACUGAGAUGGCCAGUGAACCAAGACUGAGAUGGCCAGUGAACCAAGACUGAGAUGACCAGUGAACCAACACUGAGAUGGCCAGUGAACCAAGACUGAGAUGACCAGUGAACCAAGACUGAGAUGACCAGUCAAACAAGACUGAGAUACCAGUCAACCAAGACUGAUAUGACCAGUCAACCAAGACUGAGAUGACCAGUGAACCGUGACUGAGAUGGCCAGAUGAUGUAGAGAUGGAUUGAAAUCAGCCGGGGUUCCGUGAAUGGAGGCCGAAAAGCCAUGGGUGGGUCUAAGUGGAUGGAUGUGGUGGAGCAGGCACGAGAUUUACGGCGUCGUCGUCGCCUGUUGCGCCAUUGAUGCUGGAUCAAUGAUUUGAUCAGUGGGUUGGUUAAAGUUCAUAUGAUGAAACUUCAAGAUUUUCUAAAGAAUUGAUUGAGACCCAUGCAAAUCGUAUUUUGUGCAUAACGGGACACGCAUUCAAAUAAAACAAAUGAAAUUAUUCUUAGUCGAUUGUUUUAUUCAUCAACCAGAGAUGUAAUUUCUGUCAAAUAACAACACAGUAGAAGUCCAUAUCUUUUCGUGUUUGAGUUUUUAGAUUUCGUUUUACAUAUUAUAUGUUCAAACAAACAAUAACAAAACAAAUAACAACCAAACCUCCAGGUUCGGCAACACUAUCCUCUUUGGCAACGCUGGCGACUACUGGCACAUCCCUUUUCCCAUUGGCUCCAACAACGACUUCAGGUCACAUGCUCGGGCGGUGAGAUCCAUGGAAAUGAGACCGGAUGACAUUUUGAUUUGUUCAUAUCCAAAGUCAGGUAAUGAAGUGUGCGCAUGGUGUACCCGAUACAUCCACCCUCUUUCCGUCUCUCUAUUUCUGUAUGUCUCUCUCUCUCUCUCUGUGUCGGUCUUUCUCUCUAUCUCACAUUACCUCUUUCUCUGAUACUGAUUUUUUUCUAUUACACACUGCAUCACGGUUCGCACUCGUCAAUUUCCUCGGUUGUCUGUAAUCUGCUUCAUUUUCUCCCAAACGUUGAGACAGGCGAUAUCUAAACUAGUCGCAGGCGCACAUUUGUAGCGGUUCACUUUUUAACAAUUGCAUAGUUUUAAGUAACUGAAUUAUUUUGACUUUAAAAAAAAAAAAAAAAAAAAAAGUUUUCACUGCCUUCUAAUAGUCUAAUCAUUUUAUGACGAAUGAUUGGUGAAUUUCUGUGUGAUGAAUGUUUACAGGACUCCACUGGCAACAAGAGAUGGUCCACAUGUUGAUGCAGAAGACAUCGGAGAUCACGAGCGGCGAGACGUCCAUGGGAUUUCUGGACAUGAUGCCCCAGGCACACUUCAAAGCCUUGCCUUCUCCCAGAUUUUUGGUCACUCACAUGCCGUACAGGUGAAAAUGAAUGUUCGUUCAAACUCACAAUGCAUCAUUAAUUUUAGGGAGUAAAUGUGUGUUGAAUAUAAGAGACAUCUCAGUGGCGUAGCGAAGAUUAUGCCGCACGCGGUGGGCCAAGUUAAUGUUGGUGCCGCAUAUGGUGGCCAUGUUAAGUUUAGUGCCGCAUGGGAGGGGGGGGCCAAGUUAAGGUAAGUGAUAUACGGGGCGGACCAGGCUAAGAUUAGUGCCUCAUGGAGUGGGCCAAGCCAAGGUUAGUGCCGCACAGUGUGGGCCAAGCCAAGGCUAGUGCCGCACUGAGUGGGCCAAGCCAAGGUUAGUGCCGCAUGGGACGGGCCAAGCUGUCUAACGGCGAGCUUCUCUGAAGAUGCCGCAUGGGACGGGCCAAGCUGUCUAACGGCGAGCUUCUCUGAAGAUGUGAUAGUCAUUUAGCUCUUUAACAAAUCUUUACAAUAAUCUUUUUAAGAAUUUUAAAAACAUUCUUUUGACGUUUCUGCUUUUGAGGUUCUGAAAGGGAUGUUCAGCUGUUUAUGGUCUGAUGUUUAUGGUCUGAUGUUUAUGUUAUGAUGUUGUGUUUCUGAUGUUGAUGGUCUGAUUUUGAUGUUCGGCUGUUGUGGUUCUAAUGUUGAUGUUCUGAUAUUGGUGUUACGCAGUUGAUGUUCUGAUGUAGAUGUUCCGAUUUUGAUGUUCUGCUGUUUUGCGUCUGAUAUUGCUGUUCUCCUGCUGUUGUUCUGAUGUUAAUGUUAUGCUGUUGACGUUUAGCUGUUGAGGUUCUGAUUUUGAUGUUCUGAUGUGUUCCCUUUCAUAGUACAUGAUGACAUGAAAUAGAGCCCAUAUUGGUCGCUCAAAUUUAAAAUCAGACUGUGGGUGUCGUAGAUGGCCAUAGUAUAGAUUCUUUUGUUUGCUCAAUAUCCCCAGGUAUGUACCCAAGCAGGCCUUCGAGAAAAAUGUCAAGAUAAUCCACUUGGAGAGAAACCCGAAAGACGUCUUCGUGUCCUUCUACAAUCACAUGAACAAGAACGUGCCGCCUCUGGACUACGCUGGGACCUUCGAGCAGUUUUUCUACCUCAACAUAGAAGUUGGAUGUAAGCUCUUUGACCUCCGAUCUUUGGUGUCACUUGAAACCAAGAGUGUUUUGUUUGGUGUAACUUGACACCAAGCUUUGAUUCGAAACCAAGCUUUAAUUCGAAAAACAAGAUUUGAUUCGAACACCGAGCUUUGAUUCAAACACCGAGCUUUGAUUCAAACACCAAGCUUUGAUUCGAACACCAGGCUUUGAUUCCUAUUAUACAGGAAAACAGCUUUAAGAUUAGUUUGUGUCAGAAAUGACCUGAAGCCGUGAAGAUGAAUAAUGGUAUUAACAUAUUAUCAUGUUAGUCUUACAUCGUGGGGAUCUUUAGUUUAUGUUGGAAAUAAAAUUGAAAUUCAAAAGCAUCUUGCUAAACAUUUUGUUUCUAAAUCUGGCCAAAAAUGUUGUUUCUGAAUAUUUGGUUUGUAAAUCUAGCUAAACAUUCUGUUUCUAAAUCUCAUCAUCAUCUGUGUCACCACAGUCCAUGUAGGGCCCUAGCCUGCCCCGCCACAUCCUUCCAUUCGGGGCGAUCUAUGGCUUUCCGCCUCCAUGGGCGAACGUCCAAUUGGUCUAAAUCCUUUUCUACAUCGUCGAUCCAUCUCAUUCUUUUUGUCGACUGGUGAGCCGUCUGCCCCUAGGUUUCUGCCUGUAUAGAUCACUUUUGCAUCCCUACAAUCCGGCAUCCUUUCAAUAUGUCCUGUCCAGUGCAGUCUGCCUUUGUUUAAGUGAUUCUUCUAUUAGAAAGUUCUUCAAACUAUUAUGAUGAUAAUCUCGUUGUUUUGUACGGACGCUCCAGCCAUCAUUGUAUAUCACGGCACCCGAAUACUUUCCUGCACUAUCCAAUCAUUGCACAUCAGCGGACCAUAUAUUUUCCUGAGGAUUUUUCUCUGCCAUGUUUUGACCAGGUUCUGAUGUAAGGGACCAAGUCUCACGGGCUUAAAUUCCAACUGGUCUUAUGAUAGUGGUGCACAUGGGCUUCAUUUGUUUUUGCUUUUUAGUAGCUUUUGUAGGCUGAAAUAAGCACGGUCGCCCCCUGUUAUCCUUUCUUUCAUCUAUGUCUCUAUCUCAUUGUGCUCAUGUAUUGUAGCUUUUAAAUAUUCGAAAGUAGUCCCUCUCUCAACGUUACCUACAUUGAUGUUGUCAAGUGGAUGCGUAUUUCAUCCCAUUACUAUAUAUUUUGUUCACGCUUCAUCUACCCCAAGACUAGCUUGCCUCGGGUCAAUGGGUAUAUGGUCUAUUUGAUUACUGAGAAAUCCAUCUGGUGAUACCCACGUCGCUUUAUGUAUUUGUUUGUGUUGGAAUAUUGUGCUGCUGAUCGUCAUUCCAUUUCCUGUAGCGAAGUCUUUAAGACGAGUGUACCGUUGUCACUGCUCUCACCAUGCAGACUUUCCUUUCCGACAGUUGUUCUGUAAGCAUGUGCUCNCCGAUCUUCGCAUUGAAAUCUCCAAAGACUGUUUAGGUAUCAAGGCGCGGUGCCUUAGCAAAUAUUCUUUUAUGUUUUUCAUACACAUUUUUCUUUGUCAUCUGCAUCUUCCGUUUGAGCAUGUGCGCAAUUUAACGUGAUCUUUAACAUAUUUCUUCUUAUCUUUAAGAACCAUACUCUUUUUAAAAAAUCAGUAUUUUAAUUGAACCAUCAGACCAUCUGCACUGUAUCCCUAGCUAUCAAAGCUCUACUGAUUCUGUUUCCUGACUAGAUUACUACGGUGACCUGUUCGACUACCUGAUGGAGUGGCAGACAGGAAAAGAGGCUCACCCCGACUGCCCCAUUUUCACAUCAGUGUACGAGGACAUGAAGCUUGUCAGUAUUUUAUUGAAUUGUAGAAUUACAUUUGAAACUAGAUUUUAAAAAUCGAAAAGAAAACUGUUAUUGUGGCAAUCUAAGAACCAGUAGAACUGUUCAUUUACAGAUCAUGUUCAGCCCACUGAGCUGGUAGAAGAAACUCACGUGUUCUUGUCACAGAGAUAAGUUCAAUAACUAAAACCAAAAUGUUGGUAUAAAACCCAGUUAUAGUAUAAAAGAAACAUAGUGAAACAUUUGGUACGCAUAUUUAACACGAUUAUAUUAACAAUAAAAUACCCUCACUCAACAUUAUGCACAUAGAAACACACGGACACACACACAGAGACGCACACACGCUCACAUAUACUCAGUGUUUCUUUCAGAAAUUUUCCCCGGGGGGGGGCACUUCAGAUUUUCGAGGGGGGGGGGCAGUGGGGGGGGCCUGCCCGAGAUAUAGCUGAAAGAAACCCUGCACAUUCAGACAAGCAAAAUUUCCAAAAUUGAUGUUCUAAAAAAAAGGUUUCCCUUACAUUUCGAUUGAGUGAUGCUCUUUGUUAUGUGUAUUCCAUAUUAGGACCCCAUCGGCGGUGUGAAGAAACUGAAUACAUUCCUUGGCACUGGGUGCAGUGAUGAGUUGUGUGAACAGAUAACCCUGGCCUGCAGCUUCGACAAGAUGAAAGAACACAAGGAAAAGACAGCUCAGCCGGAGAUGGUGGCCAUGUUUAAGGACAAGAAGAUCCCUUUCUAUAGGAAAGGUAAAACAGCUAUAGUAGCAUGCCAUGGUACAGCUCUUAAUUGCAUGCUAUGGUACAGCUCUUAGUUGCAUGCCAUGGUACAGCUCUUAGUUGCAUGCCAUGGUACAGCUCUUAGUUGCAUGCGAUGGUACAGCUCUUAGUCGCAUGCCAUGGUUCAGCUCUUAGUUGCAUGCGAGGGUACAGCUCUUAGUUGCAUGCGAUGGUACAGCUCUUAGUUGCUUUCCAUGGUACAGCUCUUAGUUGCAUGCAAUGGUACAGCUCUUAGUUGCAUUGCAUGGUACAUAAAUCUAUGAAUUUCCCAAGAUUGCCUUGAUGUUCAUUAUAUAAAUUAUGUAAAGGGUACAAGAACCUGAUAUUGAUAUCGUAACCAGGGCCAUACGAAGGAAAAUGAGAACUCGGGACUAAACCAGAACACUGCCUGCGUCCUACUAUUACAUCACUUAAUCAUAUAUGAUAUAGGCCAUAUAUAUAUAUAUAUAUAUAUAUAUAUAUAUAUAUAUAUAUAUAUAUAUAUAUGUUGUCUUUAUGAUUAUAUGUAUAUGGAUAAUUCAUGAUAUUUGCACACCUUGCAUUGCCGAUCGAGAAGAUUGCACCCACUGCCAUCAACAUCCCACUUUGCUCUAUCACAAUAACGUCACAACAGCAAUAACGCCACAACAACAAAAACGCCACAACAACAAUAACGUCACAACAACAAUAACGUCACAACAAGAACGUCACAACAACAAUAACGUCACAACAACAACAACGCCACAACAACAAUAACGUCACAACACUAACUUCACAACAAUAACGUCACAACAAUAACGUCACAACAAAAACGUCACAACAAUAGCGUCACAACAAUAACGUCACAACACUAACGUCACAACAAUAAAGUCACAACAAUAACGUCACAACAAGAACGUCACAACAAUAGCGUCACAACAAUAACGUCACAACACUAACGUCACAACACUAACGUCACAACAAUAACGUCACAACAAAACGUCACAACAAUAACGUCACAACAAUAACGUCACAACAAUAACGUCACAACACUAACGCCACAACAAAACGUCACAACAAUAACGUCACAACAAAACGUCACAACAAUAACGUCACAACAAUAACGUCACAACAAUAAUGUCACAACACUAACGUCACAACACUAACGUCACAACACUAACGUCACAAAAAUAACGUCACAACAAUAACGUCACAACAAAACGUCACAACAAUAACGUCACAACAAUAACGUCACAACAAUAACGUCACAACACUAACGUCACAACAAUAACGUCACAACAAUAACGUCACAACAAUAACGUCACAACAAUAGCGUCAUAACAAUAACGCCACAACACUUACGUCACAACAAUAACGUCACAACAAUAACGUCACAACAAUAACGUCACAACAAUAACGUCACAACAAAACGUCACAACAAUAACGUCACAACAAUAACGUCACAACAAUAACGUCACAACACUAACGUCACAACAAAACGUCACAACAAAACGUCACAUCAAUAACGUCACAACACUAAUGUCACAACACUUACGUCACAACACUAACGUCACAACACUAACGUCACAACAGUAACGUCACAACAAUAACGUCACAACAAUAACGUCACAACACAAAUGUAUUUCAGUUUUAUGGAAGGCGUGUCCAAAUGAAUCAUUAACAUAUAUUUUUUUAAAAUGUUGAAUUCUUUAUUUCUUUUCUUUGAUCAGGUGACGUGGGAGACUGGAAGAAUUAUUUCAAUGACGCGAUGAAUGACGAGUAUGACAAGGAAUACAAGAGGAGGAUGUCAGACUACAAGACCGUCUAUAAAUACACGUUAGAAUAGCUUGAAUCUAUUGGCCACGAGACAUGAGACACGUAUAGGAGUUGUUCUGUGUUAUUAAUUUAUGAUAUUUAUGUUUAUUAAAUGUUUCAUCACACUGUUUAUGGGCAGUGGUUCGCUACCUUUUUGUCUCAUGUAGCCCUUGAAUAGUCAAAAAAAAAAGGGGGGUGGGAGCUCAUUAGGCCUAAAGUUAAUGGUGUUAUUUUCUUUCCUGGGUGGUCAGCGGAGCCCAUGAGAAGUGCAGGUGGAGCACUGGUUUGGAACCACUGUAUAAUAGUACACUGAACCAAAUGAAAUUUAUUUAUGUUUGACAUCAAAUGUUUUGAAACUUUUAUAAUAAAUGUAUCAAUAUUAUAAAUAAAUACAUUCAGGUACAUUUAAA